CCUUCUCCUAUUAUUGUCUCGGCGCGUGUAACUGAUUAAUGUAACUACCGAGUGAGUGUUGAUUCUAGGGUAGGGUUGGGUUGGAGCUCCGGUGAAGAAGUGAGAGGAAUGGCUAGUAGAGCUGUUCCGUCACUGCAGAGCUUGAACAGUUGGGACUCUAUUUCGUACCUGUCUCAGCGAGAAGCAGCCGAGAUCGAUGACAUCCUCAUGGGUCCUCUUGGCUUCAGUGUCGUUCAGUUAAUGGUCUACAGAUCAACUGAGUAUAAUCGUGUUCUUACUAUUUGUGGUCCUGGGAACAAUGGUAGUGAUGGUCGUGUAGCUGCUCGUCAUCUGCAUCACUUUGGAUAUAAACUAUCUGUUUGUUAUCCAAAGCGUGCUCCUAAACCUCUUUAUGAUGGUCUGGUGACUCAGCUGGAAUCACCGUGUGUUCCUUUCCUCUCGGUUGAAGAUCUGUCCAUGGACCUAUCGAAUGACUUUGAUAUUCUAGUAGAUGCGAUGUUUGGAUUUUCAUUUCGCGGUACCCCAAGGCCUCCUUUUGAUGUACUGAUCCAAAGGCCGAUAUCUAUUCAAAAUCAUCAUCGAAUGCAUCAGGAAUCACCUAUUGUUGUCUCCAUAGAUAUUCCAUCUGGGUGGCAUGUUGAAGAAGGAGAUAUCAACGGCGAAGGCAUUAAACCUGAUAUGCUGUUCAAGAAAUGGUUUGCUGAUGCAGUGGCUGCAAGCUUGAGGGAACCAAAUGCUAUGGCUUUAUCAACUGCUGGCAAAGAUAGGAAACCGUACACCAAUUAUGAAAGCCGAAAGGCUUAUGAAAUAUCUGAAAAUCCUCAUGCGUCACUGCUAUUUUACUGGGAUGGUCUACAUCGCCAGGCAAGAGUGGAAGGAUUUCUGGAGAAAGUUUCUGAUGAGGAAUCUGAGCAGUACUUCCACAGCCAUCUUCGAGGAAGUCAAAUUGGAGCAAUAGUUAGCAAGCAGGUUUCUUUUACGCCCCUUCUUCCAUUCCAGGUAUAUUAAAUGAUACCUUCAUAAACCACUAAACCUAUUUAUUCUUCCCUCCAUAGCGCUGUAAUUCCUGGACGGCAUAUUCUGUACCAAGAAUUCAAUGACUUAGAGGCAAAAUUCUCUGACGGGUCAGUUAUC